GUCGUGCAGCAGUUGAACUGGAAAUUACUAGCAUACGAACAGCGUUUGAAUGCAGCUUUCCCCCCUGAAACCCCACAUGGCUAAUGAAUUACAACACAGUCUUCUUGUGUCCUCAUUGGUCCGCAAGUGAUUAACAGGAUUGGCUGUAAGUAGCUUUUGCAGAAAGGUAAACAAUACAGGAAAGCAGGAGAAGCUCUUUUAGACAACCGGCACUUCUUCUGACCGACGUUCAGGUGUUGAAACUCGGGAAAUAUGAGCUAAAACGACACAGAGCUGUCAAAUUUCCCUGACUCUUUAGUUUGAAGUGUGUGCAGGAGACUUUUGCAGACAUGGUAGAGGUGUUUACCGGGCGGACACUCCUGAAUAAAGACGGGGAUUUCGUCGAACCUGAAGAGGCGUUGAGAAAUAAAGUGGUAGGGAUCUACUUUUCUGCAGGAUGGUGUCCGCCUUGUCGAGACUUUACACCCAUCCUGUGUGAUUUCUACACGGAACUGGUUGAAGAAAGCGAGCCUCCUGCUCAGUUUGAAAUAGUUUUUGUCUCCUCUGACAAGUCGACAGAUGAUAUGGUUGCAUAUUAUCAUGAUAUGCACGGAGACUGGCUGGCUCUGCCCUGGACGGAUGAUUACAAACACGAGCUGAAGCAGCGCUACAACAUCACUGCAGUGCCCAAACUAGUGAUUGUGAAGGAGAACGGCGACGUGAUCACAGACAAGGGCAGGAAACAGAUCAGAGACCGAGGCCUGUCCUGCUUUCGGUCCUGGUUGGACGCUGCAGAGAUCUUUCAGAACUUUAAGGGUUAAAAAAAAAAAACAACAACGAUGAGGAACCAUGUCAACUCAUCUUUUAGAGAGGUGAACAAAACCAAAGUAAAAUAUUUUGACUUUAGUUCAGUGGUCUCCAGCCUGGGGCCUCCUUCAUAUUAAACAAUCUGAGAAGGAAAAACCUUACUUUGGUUGAAUUGCUCACAAGUCAUGCUUUUUUUGUACAAGUAGAUGUUGAUUUGUUAUAAGGGGUCACGUCUCAAAAAAGUUGGGAAACAUUGCUUUAGUUGCUGACUUUGACCAAACAUCCUAUGCAUUUAACAAAACUCAGGCGUGUCCAUUGUGGUUCACAGGUGAGAAAUGCUCUGCUGUAGUUUCUCAAUUUAUUGAAAAAUAUGUUCGUUGAUGUUCUUUAUAAGCUAGUGCACUAAACAGCUAAACCUUGCCUAUAUUAAGUGGAUAUCCUCUCUCCAGAGAGCUUGCUUUUGUAUAUUUAAGGUUUGACUUGUAGUUCUACUUUGAGCUGCUUGUAUAUUUUUGUAUUUUAUUUUUUAUGAGUUGUUAAGACCGUUAUUAUUUAAAAAUAUAUAAAUAUUCUCUGAUUA